AUGCAUAUAAUCAAGCCUGUCUGGUUGACGCAUGGAGGUGAGCGAAAGGAUUUUGAGGUCUAUAGCUGCGAUGUUUCGCCGGAUGGAAGUCGUUUGGUAACUGCUGCUGGAGAUGGAUACGUCCGGAUAUGGUCGACCGAAGCUAUUUACAAUGCGGCGGAUCCGGCGUACGCCAACAAGCCCAAGCAGCUCGCUUCGAUGAGCAAUCAUUCAGGGACCAUCCAUGCUGUCCGCUUCUCGCCGAAUGGGAGGUACCUUGCCUCGGGCGCAGAUGACAAAAUCGUUUGUGUUUACGUCCUAGAGGCUAAUCCGCCGUCUCAUGCGUCCACCUUCGGAUCGAAUGAAGCACCCCCUGUCGAGAACUGGCGCACAAUACGGAGAUUAAUAGGACACGAUAACGACGUCCAAGAUCUGGGAUGGUCAUAUGACUCGUCGAUCCUUGUCUCUGUCGGACUGGAUUCGAAAGUAGUCGUCUGGUCAGGCCAUACUUUCGAGAAACUGAAGACACUAUCCAACCAUCAGAGUCAUGUCAAGGGAAUCACAUUCGAUCCGGCCAAUAAAUAUUUUGCUACCGCCAGUGACGACCGGACGGUCCGAAUAUUCCGCUUUACCUCUCCCACUCCCAACUCGACAGCCCACGACCAGAUGAACAAUUUCGUCUUGGAACAGACGAUUUCCGCUCCGUUUGUGAGCUCUCCAUUGACGGCCUAUUUCCGUCGAUGCUCCUGGUCCCCAGAUGGUAUGCAUAUCGCUGCUGCAAAUGCCGUCAACGGACCCGUGAGUUCAGUUGCGAUCAUCAACCGUGGAUCGUGGGACAGCGACAUCAACCUUAUAGGACACGAAGCUCCGGUAGAAGUGUGCGCGUUCUCUCCCAGGCUGUAUUCUUCGCAGCCCAUCAGUAAUAAGCCUGCGAUUGAUAGCCAGGGUCAUACAACGCACAACCUUGUCACGGUCAUCGCAUGUGCAGGAGGGGACAAGUCGCUCAGCGUCUGGAUCACGAGCAAUCCACGGCCCAUCGUUGUCACCCAGGACAUUUCUGCCAAGUCAAUUUCUGACCUGGCCUGGAGUCCGGAUGGUAAAUGUCUUUUCGCGACGGCUUUGGAUGGAACCAUUCUCGCGAUCCGGUUCGAAGAGGACGAGCUGGGUUACCCGAUGUCGAUGGAGGAAAAUGAAAGAUCUUUGACGAAAUUUGGGACGAACAGGAGAGGUGCUGGCAUUGCAGAAACCCCCGACGGGCUGCUGCUUGAAGAGAAAAGCAAGGCCGGGGAGAUCAAAGGCGUGGAGGGUAGAAUGGGCGCCUUGAUGGGAGAUGGCCAUGUUUCGACCGAUCAGCCCGUCAAUGGAACCUCUGCAGCACCGCUUGCUACCAACGGCGCAACCACUGCUGCUGCGGCUGCUAGUACAGCCGCAGUCUCCGAUACACAGAAAACUCAGACAAACGGCACCACGGCCGCGACACCGUCGGAGCAGGAGAAGGAUAAGGACAAGCCUGAUCCUUACCAGGCAAAACUGGAAAGAUUGAAACAACGCCCAACCUAUACCAAGGAUGGCAAGAAACGUAUCGCUCCUCUUCUGGUCUCAGGAGCUGGCGGUGCCGAAUCGUCUCUUCCGCAGUCUCGACUGAUGGCGUCAGCCACAGUGAAUCAAGGUGCUAAGCCUGAUGCGCCUCAGUCGGUCCUCGAUCUUUCGAAGCCGUUCGACGGCCUGCCCAAGGGUGGCCUUGCGGCAAUGCUGUUCGGCAACAAACGCAAACUAGCGCAGAUUGAGGGAGAUGAGGAGGGACAUGUUGAGAAACGGAUAGCAAUGGCGAGCCAGAAUGGCGCGACGCCCAUACUUGCGAACACCGCGGAUGGCUUAUUGCCUGCUCCAACGCUGCCGCCAGUCACUGGCCAGCAACCGACCCCAGAAUUCAUCCGUCCAGCCGUCACGAACCCGUGUAUGGCGAUUAGCCAGCUUCGACUGGCUGUGCCAAAGGUUCGCAAUGUGAUAGUGCACGCCAUUGAUAAAAGUGGGAAUCCCACCGAGCCGCCCAGCUCAUCGGGCGACGCGAGCAAGUCGCGAGCAGAUGUUGUUUUCGAAGCACGAAACCCACCGGCUGCAACUCUAACUGGAAGGGCGGCCGAUCGAGAACCAGCCCGGAUCACAUUGAGUCGUGGCGACCAACCUUUGUGGCAGGAUUUCCUUCCAAGGACGGUCCUCCUUGUAACUGGAAACAAUGGGAUGUGGGCUGCAGCUUGCGAGGACGGUUCAGUAUAUAUUUGGACACCUGCCGGGCGUCGUCUAGUUAGCGCGCUGGUUCUCGAAGCCCAGCCUGUCAUACUAGAGAGUAAUGGGCCGUGGAUUUUGUGCAUUUCGGCUGUUGGCAUGUGCUAUGUGUGGAACGUGAAGACGCUCUCUUCGCCUCAUCCGCCCGUCUCUCUUCAGCCGGUUUUAGACGCUGCAAUACAUGCGCAAACGUCCCAACCAACUGCCGCACCGUCCAUCACUGGUGCCCGUCUGAACUCAGAAGGGAGGAUCGUGGUAGCUCUUUCUAAUGGUGAAGGCUAUGCAUACUCCCAGGCCAUGUACACAUGGCAACGAAUCUCAGAAGCGUGGUGGGCUGUGGGCAGUCAAUACUGGAACACGACCGAUGCUUCGGUGGGGAACCUUCAAACAAUGGAGACCCAGAAGGGCGACGAGUCGAAGAAUGUCUCUGCCGGUAUCAUACCGUUCCUGGAGAAGAACACCACCAGCGAGACGCUGCUUCGUGGACGAGCAUAUUUCCUGCAACGCCUCAUCAAAAUGCUGCUUUCGCGCGAAGGAUACGAGACUUUCGAAUCCAGCGUGUCGAUUGCUCAUCUCGAGAACCGGGUGGCCGCAGCACUGUCCCUCGGCGCCAAGGAAGAAUUCCGGUUAUACCUUUCCAUGUAUGCCAAACGCAUCGGAGCGGAAGGUCUACGGGGGAAGGUUGAGGAAUUGCUAAAGUCGCUGGUCGGUGGAAUCUUUGAGGAUGAGAACGAGGCUGGCCCAGCACGAAAACUUCAACCCAAUGAGAAGGAGGGCAGGAAUUGGCUGGAGUCGGAUACUCUUUGUGGCUGGCCACGUAGUGUUCUAUUGAAAGAGGUUAUCGUCGCUCUUGCCGGGGUUCAGGCAGCAUGGUUUGGCCAGGGCCAGACAGAUUUACUUCCGGAAAUAGAUAGAGAAGACAUCCCACAAAAUCAGCCGCAGGGAAGCCAUAGCGUGGUUAAAGACGAAGGAUUUUUGCCUCCCUCCCCCUUGAUUGAUUAUUUUGAGGAAUUGAUUCUUUGUGAGAUUUUCUAUGCUACCUGGUUAGGUGAAUUUCUUCCUGUCAAUCAGACUAAGCCUGAGUCUGAAACUGAGUCUGAAUUUCCCUGUGCAUGUUUACCACAAGCGCCUUUAUUCAAACAGAUACCAUUUACUAUUAUUAUGCUGGUCGAUGGCGGCAGGAAGUGUGACUUUAUUUGGAAUGUCCCGUCCAGUGACCUACUACUUCUACAGCUACAGCUAGCUGCAUGGUAUCUGUCUAACCAGCCCACCUAUCAUCCAUCCACCAUGGUCGUGUCCCUGUGGCAUCAGACGCGUCGCUUUGCAGCGUCUGUGCUGCAGAGUUUGGAUUUCUCGGCAGAUUUCCUGCAGCUGCCCUGGCCAACUCUCAGUGAUGGAAGCCCAUAUCCGAAAGAAUGGUUUACCUAUCCGUCUCGUUCAGGUUCUCGAUCUCGAUCCACUCGUCUGGAGGUGGGUCAGCGUGAGUUUCUCAUGUAUAGGCCUUCUCUUCCUGAAGAUGAAGAUGAAGGUGAAGGGCCUGUAGAAGGCUGUUCUGGAUCAAGUGUCGAAGCUGAAACUGCGCAUGACUAUGGCAACAAGGAUGACGAUAACAAGGAGGACGACAAUGAGGACAACGAUAAUCAUCACCAUGAAACAUCGUGCAAGGCACCAAAGUACGCUCCACCUGUGGAUCAGUACUCACGGACCAGAAUGGUGGCUGUCGUCAGUGUCUUUGUUGUCUUGACUCUGCUGUUCUCAAUGCUAGUUGGCAACUUGUUCAGCAAGGAAGGAGACCUGUAUCAGGGAUCAGCUGUUCAUGCUCGUUGUGCAUAUGACGAGGGAAAUCGGCUUGAUUCCUUUGACUGGCUUCUUCUCCAGGAUCAUGACGACACUCCUGCGAUGUCUUCAACAGCGACAGAGGACAAGAGAGAUGACCGUCUUCUGGAAUCGCAACCGUUGCCAUCGUCAAGCCCUGAAUACUCAUCAAGCAGUCAGCAUGACAACUCUUCAGAUGACAGCAUGAUCCCAGACAAGAACAUGAUCCCGGAUAAAGACGAGCAUGUUCUGCGUUUUGAGGUGACGAUUCGAGCAGCUACCACUCUCAUUGACGACAUUGGACAACACCCAGACUUCGAAGCAACUGCAGCUAUAACCUCAUCUAAUGCCACCGCACAUGAACCCUGCUCCUGCAAAUGUAUCUUGCCAACUGUCAAAAAGAACGGAAAAUCUUUAGCUGGUCGAAAUGACCGAAAUGACGAUGAUCAUAAAGGACAAUUCCAUUCCGUCGUGUACAAAGAUACAAACACAGAUACAGAUCAGGGUGGACAAGGACAAGAACAUGAGACCCAUGUCGAAGCGGAAGAACCAGAAGCUGGCCCUCACAAAUCAUCAUCAUCUCCUCAAGAAAAUGCCGCUGCAGCUGCGGCUACUGUUACUGCUUCUCUGAUCGAUACACAUGCGCAUCCGAAUCCACACUCAGAUCCAAAUCCAGAUGUGGAUGCAGAACUGCAUUUUCGAGAAGAGACCGGUGGGAUACCUAUCGAAGUGAACUGA